AUGUCCGCAGUCCCCAAUUCCGUUCCAGAGAACAACACCACCCUUGCCGCCGCCGACUCCUCCAAGGACCAGGCCCCCGCAACCAUCACCGACACCCCGCCUUUGGCGGAGACUCCUGCUCCCACCGAGGCCGCGCCCGUCAGCGAGGCCCCGGUGGAGUCUGCGGUCGUCGACGAGGCUCCGGCAACAACAGCUGCUGCUGCUGCUGCCGACGAGAAGGUCGAGGAGGUGUCCAAGGUCGAGCCCGCACCGGCCCCCGAGGUCGCUGAGCAGCCUGUUCCUGCCGUCGAGACUGCCAAAGCAGAGGAGACGCCCGAGGUAGAAUCCGCCAAAGCCGAAGAGACCAAGGCAGAUGCUACCCCGACCGCAGACGAGUCCGUCAAGGAGGAGGUGAGCAAGGUAGAGGAGACCCCUAAGGCAGAGGAGGCUCCCAAGCCAGAGGUCUCUGCCCAGGUGGAGGAGACCAAAGCAGAGGAGGCCCCCAAGCCCGAAGAAACUGCCAAGGUAGAGGAGACUCCAAAGGUGGAAGCGACAGAGGAAUCUUCCAAGCCUGAGGAGACUCCCAAGGUCGAAGAAACUCCAGCGGCAGAGGAGACUGCCAAGGUGGAAGCGGCAGAGGAGACUCCCAAAGUAGAGGAGACUCCCAAGGUAGAGGAGACUCCCAAGGUCGAAGAGACUCCAGCGACAGAGGAAGCUCCCAAGCCUGAGGAGGCGCCCAAGGUCGAGGAGGCUCCUAAGGUAGAAGCAACACAGGAGACUCCAGCAGCACAGGAGACUCCAGCAGCAGAGGAGGCUCCAGCGAUAGAGGAGACUCCCAAGCCCGAGGAGACUCCCAAGGUAGAAGCGACAGAGGAGACUCCAAAGGUGGAAGCGACGGAGGAAUCUCCCAAGAUCGAGGAGACCAAGCCAGAAGAGGCUCCAAAGGUGGAGGCGACAGAGGAAGCCCCCAAGCCUGAGGAGACUCCUAAGGCGGAAGCUGCAGAGGAGACUCUAGCGACAGAGGAGACUGCCAAGGUAGAAGCAACACAGGAGACUCCAGCAGCAGAGGAGACUCCAGCAGCAGAGGAGACUCCAGCAGCAGAGGAGACCCCAGCAGCAGAGGAGGCUCCAGCGACAGAGGAGACUCCCAAGCCCGAGGAGACUCCAAAGGUCGAGGAGACUCCAAAGGUCGAGGAGACUCCAGCGGCAGAGGAGACCCCAGCAGCAGAGGAGGCUCCAGCGACAGAGGAGACUCCCAAGCCCGAGGAGACUCCAAAGGUCGAGGAGACUCCAAAGGUCGAGGAGACUCCAGCGGCAGAGGAGGCUCCAAAGGAGGAGGCCAAGACAGAGGAGGCUCCUCAGGUUGCAGAGACUGUAAAGGCCGAGCCUGCAUCAGCGGCCGAGGUCGAUGAGAAGCCUACUCCCGUCACUGAGGAGACUGUCAAGGCAGAGGAGACAAAAGAGGAAGCGACUCCCAAGGAUGAGGAGACUCUUCAAGCUGAAGCAGCCCCUGCAUCAGAGGAGACACCGAUCGUUGAGGAGACUGUAAAAGCAGAGGAGGCACCAGUCGUUGAGGAGACUGUGAAAGCUGAAGACGCACCCAAGCCUGAAGAAGCUUCCAAGGUUGAAGAGACCAAGGAAGAAGAUACCCCCAAGGCUGAGGAGAUUGCGAAGCCUGAAGAAGCUCCAGUGGCCCAGGAGGUCGCACAGAGCGAGGAGGCUGAGGCCCCGAAGGCCGAGGUGCCAGAGGUGGCCAAGGAAGAAGUGACCCCAGCACCAGAAUCCAGCGCCGUUCCUGUGAAGGAAGAAGCUGCGGAAGAGGUCAAGGAGGAGAUCAAGACUGAUGAGGUUGCCAAAGAAGAACCCAAAGUCGAAGCAUCUACCGCUGCUGUCGAUGAAGUGCCUGUUCCUGAGAAGAGCAGCGAAGAGGAGGUCAAGCCUGCUCCCGAGGCGGCAGAGGCUGAAAAGCCAGUCGCCACCGAGACUCCAGAUGAGACACCGGCCGUUGGAGUGACUGCCGAGCAACCAGCUGCUGAAGUUCCAGAGGUAGCAGCACCUGAGAAGGAGGCUGUUCCAGAAGCAGAGGAAACUCCAGCCGAGACUCCAGCCCCUGAAGCUCCUGCAGCUGAGGAGACGGCCACCGAGAAGGUCGAGCCUACACCUGAAGUGAGCGAAAAGAAGGAGGAGGCAGCACCCGAGCCCGAGCCGGUGGCUACAGAGGAGGUCAAGGCUUCAGAAGAGACUGCAAGUGAAGCCAAACCAGCACAGACAGAGUCGGCUGCUGUGGAGACACAAGAAAUUCCUGAAACGAAAGAAGUUGCUGUCGAACAGGUUGUGGUAGCAGAGGCCCCGAAGGCUGAGGAGGAGGUCAGGCCUGAGGAGGAUUCAAAACCUGAAGAGACUUCUGAUAAAAAGGAAGAGCCCAAGCUGGAAGAGGUGUCUCAACCUGAGGAGGCCCCCAAGGUUGAAGCUUCGGAGGCUCCCGCAGCAGAGGAGGUGCCGAAGGCUGAAGAGAAGGUGGAUGACACAACAGUACAGGCUGCAGCGCAGCCAGAGGUUCAGGAUGAAGUAAAACCUGAAGAGACAUCCAAACCUGAGGAGACCACAGCAGAGGAGACACCCAAGCCUGCGGAAGAGGUCAAGCCCGCAGAGGUCAAGGCUGAGGAGAAGCUGGAUGACACAACAGUACAGGCUGAAGCGCAGCCAGAGGUUCAGGAUGAGGUAAAACCUGAAGAGACAUCCAAGCCCGCUGAGGAGGAUAAGCCUGCAGAGGAGACCAAGCCUGCAGAUGAGACCAAGCCUGCAGAGGAGACCAAGCCUGCAGAGGAGACCAAGCCUGCAGAGGAGGCCAAGGUUGAGGUCAAGUCGGACGACGCCGCCAAGGUCGAGGAGGACACCAAGCCUGAGGAAACAUCCAAACCUGAGGAAGUCAAGCCUGAAGAAGAGUCCAAGCCUGAAGAAGUCGUCAAGGCGGAAGACUCCAAGGCGGAAGUCGCCGCAGAGGAUGAGAAACCUGAAGAGGUUGGCAAGGUUGAGGAGGACUCCAAGCCUGAGAAGGCCACCAAGGUAGAGGAUACUUCCAAGCCCGAUGAACCACCCGUUGUGGCAGAGACCAUCCAGACAGAAGCUCACCAACCUGAAAAAGUUACAGAGACUGUCGAGGUUCCUAAGCCCGUGGAAGUAACCGGCACGGUGGAGGUGCCGGCCCCGGAGCCUUCCGUCGCUGCAGCGCCAGUUGUUGACGAAAAGGUGGAAGUGGCAGAGGACACUGCCAAGGAGGUGGAAAAGACUGUCAACGGGGUUGAAGCUGCUGCUGAAGCUCCAACCCCUGCUACAGAAGCCCCUGUCAUUGAAGUCCCCGCUGCGGAAGAAACAGCACCCCAGGUGGAAAGUGUAAUUGCGGUGGAAGAAACAGUCGUUGUACCGGUGAAAGAGGUCGACUCCAAGGAACAAAUUGUUGUAGGUGGGAUUGAGCACAAAGCACCAGUUGUCGCAGUGGCGGAUGUCUCAGAAGAUGCGGCUGCCUCUUAA